AUGUUCACAAAUAUUUUUUUUAAAUCUGCAAAAUAUCUUUCUUUCUUUCUUUCUUUCUCUACUUCUUUUCUUUCUAUUUCUAUUCUAUUUUCUCUUUUUUUUUUCUUUUCUAACUCAUUUUCUUUCAUUUUCUCUCAACCAUUCUUUCUUCUUUCUUCUUAUUUCUCCAUCUCUUUCUCUCACUCUUUCCCGAUUUAUUUUUUUUCUCUUUCUCUUUCUGUUUCGUUCUUUCUUUCUAUAAAGAUUCUACUUCUUUUCGAACGUUCUAUUUUCUUUCUUUCUUUCUUUCUUUCUUUCUUUAUUUCUUUCUUUCUUUCUUUCUUUUCCUCUCAUUGUUGCUAUUCUCCAUGUGUUUUUUUUUAUUUUAUUCUCCUAUUUUCCAAAUGCGUUUAUUCUUUCCUUCAUUCUUUCUUUCUUUCUUUCUUUCGUUCGUUCGAACAUAUUUUUUUUACUUUUAUUUCUCUAUUUUCAAAAUGCAUUUCUUCUUUCUUUCUUCUUUCUUUCUUUCUUUCUCUUUUUCUUCCCAUUCUUUCUUUAUUCUUCUUAUUAUUUCCUUCUUUCUUUCUAUUAUCUUUUUCUUUCUUUCUUUCUUUCUUUCUUUUUUUAGUUUGUUCUUUCUUUAAUGCAUUAUUCUUUUUCUUGUCAAACUUCCUUUUUCCUCUUUCUUUGUAUUCCUUUUCUCUUCUUAUUUCUAUUUCAGUUUAUCUCCAUCUCUUUCUCUCACUCUUUCCCGAUUUAUCUUUUUUCUUUCUUUUUCUGUUUCUUGUUCUUCUCUCUUUUUCUUUCUUUCUUUCUUUCUUUCUUUCUUUCUUUCUUUCUUUCUUCCUUUUUCUUUCUUUCUUUUAUUUGAUUCGUCGUUAUUAUUCCCUUGUCUGUCUUUCUUUCUUUUCCUCGCUACUCUCAAUAUCUUAA